AUGUCGACGACAGCCGAGUACGUCGCCAAGUUCCCUCGUCGGAAGAAGCUUCUCGAGACGGUCGAGAAGUAUUGGUUGGAGGAAGCGAGACGGCCACCCGGGUCACUCGAUUCUUCUCUCAAGAAACACACCACCCUCCUGAACAAGCUCAAAUCGUCAUUACUGGUCGGACCGGCUGAAACGUUCAUCAAGGAAAUCGAUGGGUUGACGCUCACCAAAUACCUUGAGGAGAUUGUAGCUGCGGUGGUCGAAGGGUCGACCAAGAAGGGGGACUCAGAAAUAGCUGUCGAUAUAAUUGUCCAUCUACAUACUCGUUUAACACCAGACUUCCUUCCUCUGCUCUUACAGCCCCUCUUAUCGAUCCUCUCUUCCCCCAAUAGCAGCACCACUAGCAAUUCUGCUCCCGCCAAUAAGGAUGCAGAGAAAGAUAAGGAGAAGGAAGACAAGGAAAGAUUGAGUAAACAGAGACCCGUAUUGAGGGUCUUAGCUGAAUUAGCUAUGAUUGGAGCUUGGGCUGAAGGACCUACCAAAGGAGCCUCCGAAGUUGGUAAGAUACUCAAAGGCUUUAUGACCGGUGAUACCCAAUAUACCAAUCUACCGCUCCUCACAACAUUCCUCAAAUACUUCGUUAGAGCCUAUCUUGGACCGAUCCCAUCUUCCAGUAAGACCACCCAAAUUAACGGAGAUGCCACUGAGACAGUACCGCUGCCAGAAGGUGUGACUGAGCUAAUACCUGUAGAAGUGCAAAAGAAGAUGAGGGACCUAUUUGAGAAUUACUUCAAUUCCGCCAGUAAGACAUUAGUCAAGGGUCAAAUUCGAUUACUCGAACAAGAUCGCCGUAAUCAUGAAGCUUACAUUAAAUCCGGGGAAAUAUUUGAAGAUCGUCAACAAGCUUAUGAGAAAAUGACCAAAGCUGUCGAAAGGCUUACAACCGGUGUGAACACUCUAGCCGAGUUACUGGGACUGCAACCUCCAGUUUUACCUACUGCUGCAAGUUUAGCUAAGUCGGGAUUACAAAUUGUGGAAAGUGCCAGUUCGUUCACUGUCAGGGAGGAUGGUCCGAUAGCAGGUGGGAUAUGGGAUGAUGAGGAAGAAAGAAGAUUUUAUGAAGAUCUGGUGGAUCUCGGGGAAGUUGUCCCUUCUGCAUUGUUAGGUAUAAAAGAAAGUAAGAAUACCAAUGAUACUGCUACUUCAGAGGAAGGUAAACAAGAAGAUGAACAAAAGCAAAAAGCCGAUGAAGCGGAUUUGCAAAGACAAUUGGAACAAAUGGAAUUACAACAUGAUAAGAAUGAUCCGACUCCUACAACAGAUUCUCAAGCUCAAGAAAUGUCAAGAACGGUAUCCGCUUCGACAUCCGGAGAACCUAUGGAACAAGAACCACUAGUCGUCAUUGAAGAUGAUGAGCAACCCACUAUACAAGAUACUAGUGUAAACGAAGAUGAUGGGUUGCAAUCUGGACCUGCCGCUAGAUUGACCGCUUUGCUCGCUGCACUUCCCGAAGCGAACAAUCGAGAAGUCGUAGAUAAGUUGGCGGUGGAAUUUGCGUUUUUAAAUUCCAAAGCUGCUAGGAAGAGGUUGAUUAAGUUUAUUGGGGAAGUACCCAAACAGAGAACCGACCUUCUACCUCAUUAUGCUCGAUUUGUAGCUACUUUGGAUAAAUAUAUGCCUGAUAUUGGUACGGGGGUGCUACAGAUUCUCGACGAGGAGAUGAGAUAUCUUCAGCGGAAGAGAUUAGUGCGAGAACUUGAUUCCCUCAGACUGAAGAACGUCCGCUUCUAUGGUGAAUUGGCGAAAUUCAAAGUGGCCAAACCAUAUACUAUUCUUCACGUACUCAAAGUAUUCCUGGACGAGUUCAAAUUUAAUAUUGAGAAUAUAUCGAAUCUGCUGGAAAACUGCGGGAGAUUCCUUCUGAGAUUUGAGGGUACCAAAGAGACUGCUAAGAAAAUGGUCGAGUUGAUGAGGAGGAAACAGGGUAAUUCUCAUUUAGAUCAGAGACAUCAAGUGAUGCUGGAAAAUGCAUUUUACAUGUGCAAUCCACCUGAACGAGUCGCCAGGGAAGUGAUCACUCUAUCGCCAAUGCAGAGUUUCAUCCAACAUCUUCUACAUGACAUUUUGAUGAAGAGGACUCUAGACAAAGUUUUGAAGUUAUUGAGGAAAUUGCAUUGGGGAGAUUCGGAGACGUACGAAUUUAUCUUGUCCUCUUUCACUUCUCCUAACGAUAUCAAAUUUGGAAAUAUUCCAUACCUAGCCGCAUUGGUUUAUGAUCUUCAACGAUAUCACCCCGAGUUCUCCAUUGCGGUAGUCGAUCAAGUAAUGGAAGAUAUCAGGAUUGGUAUGGAGGAGAAUAUCUUUAAACAUAACCAAAGGCGAAUAGCCACGAUCAGGUAUUUGGGUGAACUGUAUAUGUAUAGGGUCGUAGGGGCUGGAGUGAUAUUCGAGACACUUUGGAGUCUUCUAAGCUUCGGACAUGCCGAUCCCUUUCCUGUACCAGGUCGAGAAUCACCAAUAGAUGCUGUCGACGAUUUCUUCAGAGUCAGAUUGGCAUGUACCCUUUUGGACACAUGCGGCGCAUGUUUCGACAAGGGAUCUCAAGCUAGGAAAUUGGAUCAGUAUUUGGUAAUGCUUCAACUCUACGUGACGUGUAAAGCGGAAUUACCGAUGGACGUCGAUUUUAUGCUUACUGAUACGCUUGACACCCUUCGACCUAAGAUGCCUCAUCUUAGAACAUUCAACGAGGCUGCCGCUAAAGUUGAUGAAAUACUGGCGUUGGGUACUGGUGAAGAUGACGAAAGUGAUGAUGAGGAAGGGAGUGAAGCAGGUGAUCGAGGUGGACAUGAAGAUCCGAUAGAAUCCAAUGAAGCUGAGGUGAUUGCUCUGAGCGAAGGGAAUGAAGAGGAAGAGGAAGAUAACGUCGUAUUGAUCCGUAAUAAAGAGAAAGAACAGCAUUCCGAAAUGGAUGAACAAGCUCAGUCGGAGUUCGAUAGGGAAUUCGCAAAGAUCUUAGCCGAUACGACAGAUGCGAGAAGGGAUCAAAGAAAGAACGCUCCUCCAGUGUUUGAUACGGCUGUACCGCUCAUUCGAAAGAAGGAUGUUGGCGAACAAGAGGGAAAGAUGCAAUUUACUUUGUUGAGCAAAAAAGGUAACAGACAACAGAUACGGUCACUUGAUAUACCGCUUGAUUCGACUAUCGCGAUGAAUUCGAGAUCUCACCAAGCUCAAUCGAAAGCUGAGCAAGAACAGUUGAAGAGGUUGGUAUUGCAGAAUGAAUGGAGGUUGGAGAGAGCCGAAGUGCAAGAUAUCGAAACGAGAGGUAUCAAAUUACGAUAUUUACCCUCCUAA